GAUGAACAUUGAACACGCUUUAUAAAUGUUUGCUUCAGGGGAUUUUUCUAUAUAAUAGUUGUAAAAUCACUACUGUCGCUACAGUAUUUAAAGCAAUAGAGUUUGGUCUUAAUAUAAUAAACCAUUGUUUGUGUUAGAUUAGGAGAUUGGCAAAGGUAGACAGAAGGAUGUCUAGGAUGGCUAUAGAUUCACCAAGUGCCUCAACACUGCUCUUCCAAGCUUUAUCUGUGAUAGCUUUAGCGGUAUUAUGUGAUGGUUUGUACACGGAAUACUGCAUUGUUGGUGCUGGACCGGCGGGUCUGCAGAUGGGAUAUUUCUUUCAGCGGGCAGGACGGGACUAUGUGAUCUUUGAAAAAUCUAAUGUCUCAGGUAACUUUUUUGUCCAAUAUCCUCGUCACAGAAAACUGAUCAGUAUAAACAAGAGAUGGACAGGUAAAACAAACAAAGAAUUUAACCUUCGACAUGACUGGAACUCUAUCCUCAGUGAUGAUGAGGAUCUCAGAUUUACAAAGUAUUCCAAACUGAUGUUCCCAAGUGCAGAUCUUAUUCUUGAUUACUUCCGUGACUAUCAACAGAAGCUCGGACUCAACGUGCAGUUUAACACAGAAAUACGUAACAUUAAAAAGGAGGUGUGUGAAACUGCCACCGAUGGUGUGAUCUAUACCAUGAAUGAUCAGAAAGAUAAUCUUUAUAAAUGCGGUCGUCUCAUCAUAGCAACAGGUAUUGGCAAGCCGAACAUUCCAGAUUUGGUUGGUAUGGAAUAUGUUGAUGGAUAUGAAACAAUGUCACUCAAUCCAGAUGAUUAUGAAGGUCAAACCGUCCUAAUUCUUGGUCGAGGUAACUCAGCCUUUGAAACUGCUACACAUAUUUAUGGUGCUACAAAUUUGAUACAUAUGAUUGCAAGGUCACGUGUGAGGUUGUCAUGGGCAACACAUUAUGUUGGAGAUCUGCGGGCUAUUAACAAUGAACUACUGGAUACUUACCAGCUUAAGUCUCUAGAUGGAGUACUGGAAGCUUCGUUAAGUGAAGUUUCCAUUGUUAAAUCACCAGAGGGCAAACUCAUGCUGAAGAUAGUAGAAGAUGGGUCAGUGGGUGAAGAAAUGAAUGAAGAUGAAAUGGAUAAUUUUGCUAUGAGAGAACCAUAUGAUAGAAUUAUAAGAUGUCUUGGAUUUGUGUUUGAUACAGAUAUUUUCAAUAGUUCGAUGAAAGUAAAACAUCCAAAGGGCAGAGCAAAGAAAUACCCAUCUAUUAAGCACAAUUAUGAGUCUGUGGAUCACAAGGGAAUGUUUGUUGCCGGAACUGCCUCACACUCACUUGAUUUCCGGAAAUCUGCAGGAGGAUUUAUCCAUGGAUUCAGAUAUACUGCUCAAGCAUUAUUCAGGUUACUAGAGUGGCGUUACCACAGUGUACCAUGGCCAUCUGUGAGUGCACCUACCAGUCAGCUGUUGACACAUAUUGUAAGACGUAUAAAUGAAGCUUCAGGAUCAUACCAGAUGUUUUCUGUCCUCUCAGAUAUUGUCAUUCUACAAAGCAAUGAUACAUACACUUACUUGGAAGAAUUUCCUAUAAACCUCAUCCAUGAGCUACCACAGAUGUCCGGCCAUGAAGCGUCCCGGAUCAUUGUAAUCAACUUACAGUAUGGUAUCUCAUUUUCUGCCCCAGGAAAUGACAUAUUCCGCAUAGAUCGUGCCACUGGGGACCCAUCUGAAGCCCAUCAGUCCAACUUUCUCCAUCCAGCACUGUAUUACUAUGAAAAGCUACCUUCAGAGCAACAAAUGAAAUACAAACCAACAAAAGAACACUUGCCAAGACCUGCUGCCCUCCAUCAUAUUGUAGAAGAUUUCCUUACCACAUGGGAUGGUGCUAUAUCACACAUUUUGCCACUGCGCAGGUUUAUCGAAAAUGUCUUGGACUCUGAUAGAAGAAACUUCUUUGCUGAAGACUGUAUGGAAAUGGCCUUAACCCACACAACAGUUCCCCACAGCUGUCAGGAGUUCUACAUGAAUGGGCAAGGUUUUACAGGCAGCGAUUUAUACCACACAUACACCAGCAGUAGCUAGGAUGAAAAGCCAACAGCCAAAAUAUCAAUGCAUAAUUUACACUUGUUACAGCAUAAUGGAGUGGCAGAAAUACCUUUAUUUUAAUAGCUAAAAAGCCAAAACUGGUUACAGUUAUACUGCUGAUUUACAAAGAUCUGCAUUUUAUAAGUAGAAAAACUAGACCUUUGCAAAAUAAUAAUACUAAAUUUUAUGGUAAUUAAGUGAUUAGGAAAAAGGUAGAAUCUCAAGUCUUGAUUUAUUCAGUUCUUCUUUUUUUAAUUCUUAUAAACAUUGUUGCCAUUCUGAAUUGUACACUACCACUCAAAACAUCUCUACACGUUUAUAGGUGGACUUUUCGAAGAAUAAAAGCUAUUGUACUCGCCCUCACGUUGAUGUCAGAGUCACACCUUGGUUAAAGUUUUGCAUGCAAGUAUGUUUAGCUUAACAUUUAGAGGCAGUUAGCUUUGAAACAUAUUUUUUCUAUUUCUAGGUCAGUUACCAACUUCACUCGGUCAAGUCCAUACCUCUGACUAAUGCAGAUAUUGAAUUGAGACUUCACAUGUGUCAUUAAGGUUAUAAACCUAGGUGAUAGCAAGUCCCAGAAUCUGACAUGCAUUUGGUCUAAUUAUGCCCCCAUUUGGACAUAAAGAGUCCUGGUUGAAGUUUUGCAUGCAAGUACAUAUAGCUAUUAUUUAAAAGCAUAGAGCUUUGAAACUUUUUUCUAGGUCAAUAAGCAACUUCACAGGAUUAAGUCCCAUAACUCUGACAUGUAAUUUGGGCAAAUUAUGCCCCAUUUUGGACUUCAAAAUCCUGUUUAAAGUUUUGCAUGCAAGUUACUAUCUCAAAACUAAUGCAGACACUGAAUUGAAACUCUAUAUGAGCCGUGCCAUGGGAAAACCAACAUAGUGACUUUGCGACCAGCAUAGAUCCAGACCAGCCUGUGCAUCCGCGCAGUCUGGUCAGGAUCUAUGCUGUUCGCUAACGGUUUCUCUAAUUGCAGUAGGCUUUAAAAGCGGACAGCAUGGAUCCUGACCAGACUGCGCGGAUGCGCAGGCUGGUCUGGAUUUAUGUUGGUCGCAAACCCACUAUGUUGGUUUUCCCAUGGCACGGCUCAUGUAUAUUUUAACAUUUAGGUUAUAUUCCGCUUCUGGGACAACAAUUCAAAUAGUCGAGGAUUGGCUGUUUUAUGGACAGCUCUUGUUUAAGAUAUAUUUGAUAUGUACUUUAAUUUCGCAGUCUUAGUUAACAAAGGCUUGUGCUUAAUGAUUAUCUUCACUUUUUAAGAGAUAUGCCAUAUGUAUACAUUCUAGGAAACAAAGUUUAGAAUGGUUGUCUGAACUUUAUGGUGGCUUUAUAAAGUUGUACUUUGUUUAACCUCUCUGGGAGAGAAUUCCUUCAUUAACAACUUGUUCUUAAAGGGCAUCUUGAUUGCAUGUAUGUAAUUCAAAUAAGGUAUACAUAUACCAGAAUUAUACAAGAGAAAAUAUAUUGUUUUGUUAAGUUAGAACUUAAGACAUUAAGAUGCAUAAAAAUGACACUACCUAAGUUUUAAUUUUAAUUGAUGAUAUACAGACAUAACUUGAAUACUUCAGUUUGAACUGUUGAUGUGCAGACAUAACUUAAAUACUUAAACUUUAAUUGAUGAUGUACAGACAUAACUUCAAUACUUAAAUUUUUGUUGAUGAUGUGCGGACAUAACUUCAAUACUUCAGGUUUAGUUGAUGAUGUACAGAUAUAACUUCAGUACUUAAAUGAUUUGAGUAAUCUUCAUUUUUGUUUGACCUUGCCCUGUGAACACAACACAAAGGUAUACAAUGUAUAGUUUUUGUAAAGUGUUCUGCUGUUUUUGAUGUCUGUGAAUGAAUGUAGAUAAUGUGUUAAACUUGUGUGCCAUAUUGGGUGUAAAUUGAAACAAUGCCAAAAUUAUACAGUGUUCUCUUGAUAGUGGACAGUACAGGCGUUAUUUUUGAUACGAUUUUAUGCAAGUCAUAUGACACUUUCUGUCCGAAAUUGUAUAUUUUUAGGGCACAUGAAAGUUACUCAUGUCUGUUAUUAUUAAUUUCAGAGGUUCAACCAUUAAAGGAAUGUCUGCCUUUAAGUAAACUUUGCAUAAAAAUAUGAAUGAAAGAAGUAACGUUUGAUUUUUCUUAUACCAUAUCUAAAAAUGUAUUAGUGUUUCUUCUAAUUUCUGUGUCAUCUAAUGAUUGAGAUGAACAUAUAUUAAUGAAUGGAUAUCUAGUAUUUGAAUUCAUUUCUUUGUCUGAAGAGAAAUGACAGUCCUUUUUGAUACCCAGACAUCUGUUUAUAGCAUUAUAAUAAUUAUGUUUCCCUGUCUAUAUUUAAACUAUUUCCCUUUUUUAAUUUUCUCUUUUUCUGAAUUAAUUUAAUAAGAUAAUUUUAUAAUUAAGAAAUAAUAAAUAUCAAAAUUAGGUUUAUCAUAGAAUAACCAGAGUUUGGAGUUCCUAUGCCUAUGAAUAUAUCACUAAGGCUGAAGGCCUGAGUGGUAUAUUUCUAUUCAUGAGAACUCCAAAUGAGGGUUAUUCUAAGAUAAACCUUAUUUAGAUACUUAUUAUUUCGAUUCUAACAUGGCUUACUUCAAAUAACAUUAGACGGGACUCAGAGAAGUAUUUCUAUCAAACGUAAAUUAAAACAGCGUGCUAUGCCGCAGCAUUUAGCCAAAACACGGUGCGCGCACAGCAUAGUUUAAGGUCGGUUUAUUGCAGAAUAACCAGACAUAGAUUUUGCUCUACAAGUAUGUAGGUUAUUAGCUGGUCUUGUUAGAAUCAGAGUUAAUCCCAGUGGAAAAUGCAAAGAUAACUUUAACUGAUUGUCUUGUUGCAGUUUUAUGCUUGCUUUGAAGCUAUUUGUUAAUUAGCGAUUCUGUUUCAGCUGAUUCCAAUUUUUGUUCUUUGCUGACCAAUUUUUUUUCAUGUGCCUUGGUUGUUUGUUGCUAUGACAAUAGGUACUAUGUUAUAUCUUGAAAAGUUUGAUAAUUAUUUGCUUGGACAUUUAAAUGUUUAUUUGUUGGAAAUUAUAUGUGCAUCAGUGCCAGACUUCUUUGUAGCAGGUAUCUGUAAACAUAUUGCUCAACUUGGAUGUACAUAUUUUUAAAAUGAUGAAAGGAUUAGUACUUAGUACCAAAUAAAUGUUUCUGAUUUAAUUGUUACUAGUAGUUUACUGGUUGGUUGUAUUUGAGGAAUAAAUUGUGGUAACGAAGUUUACAUUUAGGAUAAAAAUUAAUUUGGGCUGAAGAUGCAGGUGAAAGGCCCUCGCAUAUACUUCAAACAGUCCAAUUUAGUUUUUAUCCAGAUGCUAACUACUUAAUAUCAGUUUAUUCCUUAAAUUUACACUUUUUUGCAUCAAUUUAUUUGAUCCAUUGUUACAUGGUUUUAAAGUAAAUGAUCUCUGAAAUGGCAAAGUGGUCCAGUAACGACAGCUGUUUGGAGCAGCAGAAAUUCUAAAAUCGCAUGAUGAUGAUCACAAUGUAUGCAUUCCAUGAGCAACUUUGAGGAAAUGCAUUUUUCUCAUGAUGGCAUGACAUAUGUAAACAGUCAUUGCCAAUUGAGAAAAUGACUUCAGGAAUAAUCUGCAGUCUUUGGGGUUGCAAUAUUAAUUGGUGAUUUGCGUACAUCAGCUAUAGCUUUAUCCGAGGAAAUGCAUUUGAAAGUUGUAAAUAUCUUCUUGAUUUCAGAUUUAUGCACACGUGCUAUAGAAACCUCUUCAUUAGUUGUAAUGAGUUCUUAAUCUCUCCUAGCAACAAGUUUCACAGAAGUAUUUUACAAAAAAAAAAAAAAAAACAUGUAGCGUAUGUUAUUUGAUUGAAAGUUCUGUUUUACAAGAUAAAAUGAAACUUGUUUAGGUUGGCUUAAAUGAAAUUAUUGACCAUCAUUAUGCUUGCCAGUAAAUAAAUGAGCAGCUGCUUAAGAAUAAUAAUGUUAUAGUUUGCACAUGUACUUUAAUUGAUUAAAAACAGUUUAUGUUAAGUUUUCAGCAACUCGGUGUGAAUUUACUCUUUUAAACAUUUUCUGUAUCUUUACAUAUAUGCACAAAAGUGUCUGAUUGAUUUACAUAUAAUAAACACAGUGUUAUUUUGUUGUUGUUUUUAUAAAAUAUAUUUAGUUCUUCUAUUGUUUCAGAUUAUCACUAAAGCAGGUUUACCAGAAUACUAUUUUAUACAGUAUGUUACGCUGUAUCCAUACCGUAGUUAUGGAAUUUAGAGUUAUGAUGCCCCAUGGCUGUAUAUGUUUAUUUUAAACUAAUUCAUUUUAGCUCAAAAUUAAGCUUAAUUGAAAAUUGAGCCCACUUCUUGGAAAAUUAAGUUUUGUUAUCAUAGUUUAAUAUUAGCCCAGUGGGGUUCAAACAUUCAAUCUACAUUUUGUGUGUCCAGCUGCUACACCAUUGUUUCCAACAGCUAAAAUAUUACAAUGAACUCAAUUUAUUAAAUACCAAAAAUUCAUUUUCGUUUUAUGCUUUACGUAUAAAUAUCAAACAAUACAUUAUUGCAUGUUCGUGUCUGGUAAUUGUUAAGGACCUUUUUUUACAAAUGCUUUGCUACAAAAUUUUGCACAACUAAUAUUUUAGCCAUUGCUUUUUACUAGUACUUCUGCUCACAGCUUUUCUGUUUGUUUGUUAGUUGUUUUCAAUGAACACUCCUUUUUAAAGUGACUUUAACUGCAUAGAUUGUUUAUUUUUAUAUUAAAAGAAAUAAAAUAACAAAAUAAAUGCUGCAACACAA